CGAAUGAGAGCAUCUCGACGUAAGGUAUGGUAGCUCCUCCCUUCACGGCAUAUGUCGUGAUUGUAACCUCUUUGCUAACCUCUCCACAGAGUAUUCCCAUUAUACAGACUUGAAUUGUUCAAUUGAACUUACAAUACCACGCCAAGCAAGAUACAGCUACCACCAUCUUGCUCACAACGUACCUCUUCGACCAAUAACCACAAUCCAAACCACAAUCCAAACCACAAUCACAAACCACAACCACAACCACAACCAUGCAAGCUCUCCGCGCCCUCAGCCUCCGCACAGCGGCCCGCACGCCAUUCCGUGCCUCACUACCUAUCACUACCACGACCACGCCUGCCGCGACGAGAACCUUCACAGCAUCCUCGACCCCGAGGUUCGCGUACAAGGACACCCAGGACCGCGAGUCGCUGAACCCGGCCUCCAACGAGGGCACCAAGACGGGCCGCGACACGGAGGUGGCGCACGAGAAGGAGGCGUUUGAUCCGUCUACGACGCGGCCCAAGGGCGAGAAGAACGAGGACAGCAGCACUCUCGACGUCUCUGGCGCCAACCAGGCUGCGUCGAAGCCGCAGGGGGAUAACCCCGGGCAGGGUAAGGGGAAGGGUGCUGGGGAGAAGGUGGGGGGCGGUGAUGGGGGGAGGAGUAGUGGUGCUGGGAGUGCGCCGAAGGCUGGGAAGGCGUGAGAUUGCCUUUUGUAUAGGAUCGUGAUGUCGGGUCACGACUGAGGGUGAGAGAGAGUAGGAGAAGGUUCAAAGGGUGGUUGGGUUCAUAGGAGAUUCUAUGAUUGAGUGAAGAUGGCAUGGCAUGUAAUUACCUAGUAUCAUCAGUAUCAAGCCUGGGUAGAGCUGGCGUUCCGUCUCGGCUUCAAUUACAUGACCAUGGAGCCACCUCCUUCUACGCUGAUGAUGAGUGCUAGGUGAUAGGCCAUGGAAGUUACCUUGAUGGACACUUGAAGGCGGAGGCAGUUUGUUACGCCUGAGAAUACGAGCAAGACAGACCGCGGGGCUC